ACCUUCGUAGGUCUGGGAGAUAACCUGGUAAAGCGCAAAGAUGUCUCUCCACGGCACGCGAGCCUCGACCCUCCUUGCCUGGGUAAACAGCUUGAAGCUGGAAGAUGCCCUGAAUUCUCUGUCUCAGCUCCAGGACUGCAGAGUCUUCAUCAAGAUCAUCAAUAAAAUCCACGGCACAGAAGAGGGACAGGCUGUUUUGCAGCAGAGUCUGCCUGAGCGGGUUGCCUACGUCAGCAGCUUUCUCGAGAAGUGCUGCAAGCACAAAUCCACCUGGCACAGCCUGGUCUCGGAGGAGAAGCUUUUAGCGGGCGACGAGCUGGAAGUGGCCAAGGUGGUCAUGCUGCUGCUUUACCAGGCUUCCAUGAGUGACAAGAUUCCUCGGGAAUGGAGCACAGUUGAGUACGACAUUCAGGCAGAGUUGGCCAAGUUCCUGAACUUCAUGCUGUACAAUGAAGAUUGCCUCGGUGAGAAUCUGGAGAGCUUUCUUCAAAAGAAAAUGCCUCCCUCCUCAAGCUUCUCUGGCUCCAGCACCAGCUCAGAGGAGACGACCCCACAGAAGCCAGAGGUGCACUUCUUGAAGCUACAGAAGAUUGCCUCGUCCUCCAGUCUCAAUAAGUUUCUCCCCGGCUCCUCUACCUCUCCCAUGGGCGACAUCAUGCAGACGCCACAGUUUCAGAUGAGGAGGCUGAAGAAGCAGCUGGAAGCUGAGCGGGAGAACCGGGACGAUCUAGAGCGCGAGCUGGCCGAAAAUCGCAAGCUCAUCGACGAGAAAGAUACACAGAUCCUGGUGAUGAAGCAACGGAUUGACCGCCUGACUCGACUCCAAGAGAGGCAAGCAGCCGAUCAGGCGGAGCCCAAGGAGAUGGAAGAGCUCCGAGAGAAGAACGAAAGUCUCCUCAUGCGCCUACAUGAGACCUUGAAGCAGUGUCAAGAUCUGAAAACCGAAAAGGGCCAGAUGGACCGGAAAAUAAACCAGCUCUUGGAGGAGAACGGAGAUCUCUCUUUCAAGCUGCGGGAGUUAACCAGAAACCUCAUGGGACUGCAGGAAGCCAUGAACGAGCUCUCCACAGAACACAGCACAGCCCUGCAGGACUGGGAGGAGAGGAGGACCCUCCUGGAAAGCGAUCUCCAUCGCGCCCUUGGCGAGAAGAAAUGCUUGGAAGAGAAACUGGAGAUCCUGCAGGGGAAGAUCUCCUUGCUGGAGGACCAGCUGGCGAAGAUGAAGGAGAGCAGAGAGACCGGAGAGGUCAUGGGGGAUGUCUUGCAGCAGCUUGAAGACCUGAAGCAAGAGGUGGCCAGCCUCCAUGGCCAGCGGGUCGAGCUCCAGGCCACCGUGGCCCGUGUCGAGGAGGAGAAGCGCCUGCUGGAAGUCACCCUCCAGUCCGACCGGGGCAGCUUUGAGGAGGAGAAGCUCCAGCUGACGGGCCUCCUUGCCAGCCUGCAGAAUUCCGCCGCUGAGCUCUCACAAGCCAAAGAGAAGCUGGAGCAGGACUCCCGGGCUCAGGAAGAGUGCUUGACGGCCCAGGUGAACACCCUGACCGCAGAGAUAGCCAAGCUGACCAGCUUCCUUCACCAGAAGGACCAGGAGCUGCUGGCGUGGCGCCAGCAGGCGGAAGCGGAGAAGAGCCAGAGCUGCCGGCUGGUGGAAGACCUGCAGCAAAAGGAGCAGGCGUCUAGGGCAGCCAUCCAAGAUCUAAGCCUCCAGGUGGAUCAGCUGAGCAGCUCCCUGAAGCAGAGCAAGGAAGCCCUGGCACAGGCGGAGGCAGCAGGCCAGGAGAAGUGUCACAGGGCCGGCCGGGAGGCGGAGCUGGCACGGAGGCAGCUGGAGGAGGCGGAAGCCAAGCGAGCCACCCUUGCCGGGCGGCUGCAAAAUCUGGAGGAAGCCCAGGAUGCCUCCGCUGCAGAGGCUCAGAGGGAGAAGGCGGAGCUGGGCCAGAAGGUCCAGGAGUUGGAAGCCAGAGUGGCGGCCCUCACGGCCCAGUGCCAGCAGAGCGAGGCCCAGGCUGGAAUGGUGCCCGCCCUGAAAGGCCAGCUGCGAGAAGCCCAGCAGAAGCUGGCCGAGCGGGAGAAGCUGGCCAAGGAGAAUGCCCGCCUGCAGGAGCGGCUCCUGGUCCUGGAGGAGUCGGUCCGCAACACGGAAGGCAUCCUGGAAGACGAGAAGAGGAGGGCGGCGGAGUCCCUGGAAGGCAACCUCCGGCGGAUUGCUGAGCUGGAAGAGCAGCUCCAGGAGCUGACCGAGCACCGCGACCAGGCCCGGCAGGAAACCAGCGAGGAGAAGGCCCGGCGGCAGGCCCUGGAGGGGCGGGUGCAGCAGCUAGGGGAGCUCUCCUUGGGGGACAAGGGCCAGCAGGGCCAGCUGGAGGAGAAGGUCCAGGCCCUGCACCAGCAGCUGCAGGCCGAACGGGAGAAAGUGGCUGCGGCGGAGGCCCAGCUGGAGCUCCUGAUGACCGAACACCAGCAAGCGCAGGCCGCGCUGCAGGCGCAGGCCUCCCGCGCUCUGGCUCAGGCCCAGGAAAAGGAGGGCUCGGAGCAGAAGCUCCGGGCGGAGGUGGCCUCUCUGCUGGAGAAAAUGGUGGCAGCCCGCCAGGAAGCGGCCCAGAGCACAGCUAAGGUGAAGGAGGAGGAGCGCAAAGCAGCGCUGGCCACGGAAGCCCUCGCCAAAGAGCUGGCGGUGGAGAGAGAGGGCAGGGCGGAGCUGGAGGCCCGGGUGCAGCAGCUCAGGGAGCAGAGCCGCAAAGACCUGGCCUCGGCUGAGGCCGACCUCUCCAGUGCCCGGUCCGCUGCCAAGGAAAAGGAGAGAGAGGUGGAGCAGCUGGCUGGCCGGGUGAGGUCCCUGAAGGCGAAGCUGGAGGAAGCCGCGGCACAGCAGAAGCGUGAGCUGGCCGCAAGCGAUGAGGAGGCCCAGCGGCUUGCGGGGGAGCAGGAGCAAGCUCAGGCGGAGCUGGCUGCGGAGAAGGCCAGCCGGGCUGCCUUGGAGGCACAGCUGCAGAACCUCACCAAUGAGCUGCGGGCAGAGGUCUCGGGUCUCCAGGAGGAGGUGGGCCAGGCCCGGGCGGCUGCUGAGGAGAAAGAGCGGGAGCUGGAGGAGCUGCGUGUGAAGAACGUCUCUCGCGAUGAGGAGCUGCGGGACCUGCAGAAGACAGUCCAGAAGCUGAAGGGCGAGCUGGCCUCGGUGGAGGCGCUGAAGGAGCGGGCGGCCAAGAUGGAAGGGGAGCUGCAGGGCUUCCUGGAGGUGGCCAGGACAAGGGAGGCGGAGCUGGACACCGUCAAAGCCACCCUGGGCGCCAAGAACCAGCUGCUGCAGAGCCUGGAGGAAGAGAAGCGGUGCCUGGAGCAGGAGGCCACCUCCAGCCGGGAGCUCUGCAAGGAGAAGCAGAAGGAGUGCGAGGCUCUCCGCGGCCAGGUGGAGAAGCUUCAGCGGCAGUGCGAGGAGCAGCGCGGCGCUGUCGCCAAGCUGGAGAAAGCGGCAUCCUUAUCCGAGCAGCGGCAGGCAGCCGAGGCAGAGGCCUUGAAGCGGGAAGCGGCGCAGCACAGAGAGAGGGUCGCUGAGCUGGAGAAGCUCCUGGCGGUGGCCCGGUCCACGCAGGCGAGCGCCCUUGAGAAGCUGAAGAGGGAGCUCCUGGAGAAAGGGAAAGAGCUGGCCCAGAGCAGGGAGGCCACGGCCGGGGCCGAGAAGGAGCUGGCCGCCCUGCGCACCUCAGCUCAGGAGAAGGCCAAGGCCGAGGAGAGCUGGAAGGAGCAGAUGUCCCGCUGCCUGCAGGAUGCGGAGAGGAAGAGCAGCCUUGUCGGCAGCCUGGAGAAAGAGCUGACCCUCACUCGCCGGCAGCUGCUGGAGAAGGAGGCGGAGAGCAAGGAGCUGAGGCGGAUGGCCGUGACCGAGUCGGAGAAGAGCAAGAAGCUGGAGGAGCGGCUGCGGCUGCUCCAGUCCGAGAUGGCCACGGCCGCGUCCCGGGCAGUGGAGAGGUGCUCCGCCAUGAAGGCCGAGGCUCAGGACUACCAGAAGCAGGCGGAGGAGCUGCAGGGCUCCUCGGAGGCCCAGAAGAAGGAGCUGAGCGCCCUGGCCAAGCGUGAGGAGGACCUCCGCAAGGAGCUCCGGGCCGCGCAGGAGAAAGCCUUCCAGAAGGAGCAGAUCCUGCUGGCUCUGCAGCAGGAGCUGGCCAGCACCCAGGCCGCCGUCGGGGAGCUGAUGCCCGUCAAGCGCCUCUACCAGCAGCUGCAGGCCGAGCAGGCAGCCCAGAAGGGCCAGCACCAGGAGGAGCUGGAGCAACUGCGCAGGGACAGUGGCGCCCUGCAGGCGGAGCUGGCCCGCACCAAGCAGGAGCUGGCAGAGCUGUUGACCCUGAAGGAGAAGUUCCCCGAGCAGGAGCGGCGCGUUCAGCAGCUGCAGGUGGAGAACGCCAGCCUCAUGGGGAAUGUGGCCAAUCUGCAGCGAGCCAUCGCCCGGCUGACUGACGAGAACCGAGAGCUCGGCGAGCAGGCCAGCCACGGGCGGCAGCGCCUGGACGCGGAGCUGGCCCAGGCCAAGCAGAGGCACACCCAGGAGGCGGAGGACGCCCGGCGGGAGGCAGAGAAGCUCGUGGCCAUCAGCAAGAGGGAAGCCGAGGAGGCCCAGAAGAAGCUGGAAGGGAUGGCGGCCAAGUACGAGGAGGCCCGGCAGAAGCUGCUGGGGCAGGUGGAGCAGCUAGAGCUGUGCCAGAAAGAGCAAUCUAAGCAGGCAGAGGAGUUGAAACAGAAGCUGACUCAGCAAGAUAAAGCCAGCCGAGCCCAGCAGCAGAAAGCCAAGGUGCGGGAUCAGGAGCUGCAGAAGGAGCUUGAUCACCAGAAGGAGAAGAUGGCCGACCUCCAGGAACAGCUGACCCAAAAGGAACAAGCUGCUGAGCAUUAUAAGGCCCAGAUGGAGAAGGCCAAAACGCACUACGAUGCCAAGAAGCAGCAGAACCAGGAGCUCCUGGAGAAACUGAGAGGGCUGGAGCUGCUGGAGAAGGAGAACACCGAGCUGAAGGCGGAGUCAGAGCGCCUGACCCAGGAGCUCCAGCGCACCGUCUUGCAGGCGAAGGAGUCGGAGCUCAGCUGCAAGAACCUCACCAGCCGGGUCCACACCUUGGAGGCGCAGGUGGAAUUUGCCGAUCGCCAGCUGCGGGAGCAGGGCAAGUUCCAGGUGGCCACGGACACGCUGAAGCACCGCGAGGCCCUCCGGCAGAACCUGGCGGACAUCAGCACAGACAGCCUGGACUCAAGCCCCAGCAGCGAAGCUCACCCCCUCGGCUCCACCAGGAAGACCCGCCGUUCCCUCUCCGAAUCUGGGACAGCGGAGCCCUCCAAAGCAUCGCAGCAGCUGCCCCGCAAAGUGGAGUCCUUGGAGAGCCUCUACUUCACCCCCAUCCCCACCCGAGCCCGGUCCAAGCAAGGGGACAGCAUCAGCUCCACGGGGGACGUUUCCUUUGAGUCGGGGCGGAAGACUCUCUCAGCUCGCCGGCGCACCACACAGGUGAUCAACAUCACUAUGAUCAAGAAACAUCUUGAGCCGGAGACACCCAACAGCACCAACGCCUCCUUCUUCAGCGUGCAGUCCUCGGGAUCCCAGGCCAGCGCCCCCAGUCAGGAGUCGGUCAAGACCCGCCUGCGCUCGGCGGCCACCUCCUCCACCCGCUCGCUGGCCAGCCUCCCCUCUCAGGAGUCCCUGGCCAGGCUCAGCGCCUCCUCCCCCGACGACACGGCGGGCCACGCCACACUGAUGAGCCUGCCCGGCUACCGGCCCGCCACCCGCAGCUCCAUGAGACGCUCCGAGGCUGGAGGUGCUGGCGGCCGCAGCAGCCUGUACCUGGGCACCUGCCAGGAUGAGCCGGAUCACCUGGACGAGUGGAACCGCAUCGCCGAGCUACAGCAGCGCAACAGGGUGUGCCCGCCUCACCUGAAGACCUGCUACCCCUUGGAGUCCAGACCAUCGCAGUCACUGACCACCAUCACAGACGAGGAGAUGAAGACUGGAGACCCCAAAGAGACCCUCCGGCGUGCCAGCAUGCUGCCCUCUCAGAUCGCGGAGGGCCCCACAACCCGCCGCAGCACGCUGAGCUCCGCCUGGGUGGCGGGAGGGGUGGCCACUCGGCAGCAGAGGAAGCGCACCUCGAACGAGUCCCAGCUGGGUCACGGGACCCCAGAAUCCAAGAAAUCUGCCAGCUGCUUCCCUCGGCCCCAGACCCCCAAACGGCAGAACGAGGAGUUCAAGCGCAGCUCCCUUGCGGGGGGCAAGAAGGGGGUAGCCCAGGCAGCUGACAAACAGGCUGAGCGGCGCCAGUCGCUGGUGUUCAGCAUCCUCAACACGCCGAAGAAACUGGGCAACAGCCUUCUGCGCCGCGGGGCCAACCGGAAAGUGACGCCUAAAAAUUCCCCCCGGAGCGGCAGCCGGAGGUCCCCCAGGGCAGCCGCCUCCCCCAAGGGCAAGGCGAACUCCAAGCCGCACAGGAACUCAAAAUUCUAACUCCGUUUCCCCUGGCUGAAGACGC